AUGAACGUCCGAGACCCCUUCGGCCUGCACCGAAACACAGCUUUCGACAUCCUGCGCACCACCGCGACCCAGGCGGCCGCCGGCAUCCGAGACAAGGCGAUCGAGGCGGGCGCGACUGCCAUUGAGCGCAGCAAGCAGGCGGUCGAGGACAUGUCUUUCACGGUCCCCAAGAAUGUCCCCUCCUUCAACAACCCCCAGCGGCUAGCGGAGGACUAUCUUUGGCAUCACAGCUCGGGCGGGCCCACGCCUCGCCGAGGAGGAGGAGGAGGCGGAGGAGGAGGGCAGCACCAAGGCAUCUUGGGCGGCGUGCAGGACAAGGUCGGCGAGUUUCUGUCGGACGCCACGGGCAACAGCAAGAGGACGCUGCCCAUGUACAAGGACAAGCCGUAUGCGUACCCGCCGUCGCAGCGGUUGCGGCCGAUCUACAGGCGCAAGAGGGUGCUGGGCUUUCUGCUGCUCUUCGUGCUAGGUGUGUUGUACUGGACGGGCGCGUUCGAGAAGCACAAGGAGAGGGUCACGGUGCCGCUCAAGAACCUGAGCUGGCUCAAGAAGGACGAAAAGGCCAAGACGAAAGCGGACUGGCUCAAGAGGAGAGACCGCGUCGUCGAGGCCUUUGAGCUGAGCUGGGAUGCGUACGAGCGAUAUGCCUGGGGCUACGACGAGUUCCACCCCGAGUCCAAAAGGGGCAGGCAGAUGGCCGCCAAGGGCAUGGGCUGGAUCAUCGUGGAUUCAUUAGACACCAUGAUCCUGAUGAAUCUCACAUCGCGACUUACACAUGCGAGGGAGUGGGUAUCCAAGACCCUGACGUACGACCAGGAUCAGGACGUGAACACGUUUGAGACGACAAUCCGCAUGAUGGGCGGUUUGCUGUCGGCGCACUACCUCUCGAACGAGUAUCCCGAGCUGGCGCCGUUGAAAGACGACGACCCUGGCGCGGCAGGAGAGGAUCUAUAUCUCGAGAAGGCGAAGGACCUGGCAGAUCGGCUGUUGUCGGCUUUCGAGAGCCCCUCUGGUAUCCCCUACGCCAGCGUGAACCUGGGUCAAUAUAAGGGCAUCCCUGCGCACGACAACAUGGGUGCAUCGUCGACAGCUGAGGCGGCGACGCUUCAGCUCGAAUUCAAGUACCUUGCCAAGUUGACUGGGGAGAAACUCUUCUGGGACAAGGUCGAGAAGGUCAUGGAAGUCCUGGACGGCAACAACGAGUCUGAAGGUCUUGUGCCGAUCUUUGUUAAUGCCAACGAUGGCAAGUUCCACGGAAAGAACAUCCGUCUGGGCAGCCGUGGGGACUCCUAUUAUGAGUACCUCAUCAAGCAGUAUUUGCAGACGAACAAGAAGGAGAAGGUGUAUGAGGAUAUGUGGUACGAGUCGCUGGCCGCUGUCCGAAAGCACCUCGUCACGUACACGGAGCCUUCGGGCUUCACCAUCAUUGGCGAAAGGGAAAGUGGCCUUGAAGGCACACUGACCCCGAAGAUGGACCAUCUGGUCUGCUUCAUGCCGGGCACGAUCGCCCUCGCAGCCACGGGGGGGCUGACGGAGAAAGAGGCGCGGAAGCUGAAGACGUGGACGAAGCGCGACGACGAGGACAUGAAGCUGGCUCGCGAGCUAAUGCACACGUGCUGGGGCAUGUACAAGUACAUGGCGACGGGCCUAGCCGCCGAGAUCACCUAUUUCAACGUCGCCAACCCGCCCCUGACGUCUACGUCGCCGCACAAGACGCCGCCGGCUGUGUUUGACCCGAGCGAGGAUGCCGCGUGGAGGAAGGACUUUGAGGUGCACCCGCAAGAUGUGCACAACCUGCAGAGGCCGGAGACCGUCGAGAGCCUGUUCUACAUGUGGCGCAUCACGGGCGACGUCAAGUACCGCGAGUGGGGCUGGGAGAUGUUCAAGUCGUUUAUGAACUACACGGCCGUGGAGGACGGCGGCGGCUUCACGAGCCUGACCAACGCCAAUGUGAUCCCGCCUGUGUCAAGGGACAACAUGGAAAGCUUUUGGCUGGCCGAAACCCUCAAAUACAUGUACUUGCUCUUCUCCCCGGACGAUCUCUUACCGCUGGACAAGAUUGUGCUCAACACUGAAGCGCAUCCACUCCCGCGUUUCGAUAUGGGCCAGUUGUUCUCGACGGGAUGGAAGAGGAAGCCGAGAGACGCGCAUGGCAACGCCAUCAAGUCGGAGGCGGCCGCCCCACGACACGCCUUCCACCACCUUUCCAGCACCUCCCCCCCGGCCUUUCACAUGGACCGCGACGUCGAGCUCAACAACAUCCUCACAGCCAAGGAGGACAGCAUCACCCAGGGCUCCGUCUACAACAUGAUGCAGGAGCCCUCGCUCUUCGACGGCGAGCGCCGCCGCCGCCCGGGGCCCCGAGCCGCCCGCAGCGCCGUGGGGCGCUGGGUCGACAGCUUCCGCCGCGACCCGGAGCGGCGCGUCACCAUGCCCGCCGCGGGCGCCUUCGCCAAGCCGCCGUCCAUGUCGUCGCAGCACCACCAGCUCCAGCAGCAGCAACAGCAGCAGGGCGAGCCGCUGAUGCGCGAGCACAGCCGGGCGUCGACGUCGGGCGCCAGCAGCGCCAACGGGCACUACUACGACCUGCACGGGGGUAUCAUGGCCACGGCCAACACGGCGCUGGCGCGGGAGCUCAAGGGCAGGCAUCUGCAGAUGAUUGCCAUUGGAGGGUCGAUUGGCACUGGCUUGUUUGUCACAUCGGGAAAGGCUCUAGCAACGGGGGGCCCGGCGUCGCUGUUGAUCGCAUACUGCUUCGUUGGAGUGAUGCUCUAUUGCACGGUCCACGCCCUGGGCGAGCUAGCUGUAGCUUUCCCUGUUUCUGGUUCCUUCUCUGCGUUUUCAACUCGCUUUCUCGACCCCUCUUGGGGUUUCGCCAUGGGGUGGAAUUAUGCGCUCCAGUGGCUUGUCGUUUUACCAUUGGAAAUCAUCGCCGCGAGUAUCACCAUAGAGUACUGGAAUAGCUCCAUACCGAGGGCCGUAUUCGUCACGAUAUUCCUCUUGGCCAUCAUAUCGAUCAACCUGUUCGGCGUCAAGGGCUACGGUGAAGCCGAGUUCAUCUUCGCCAUCAUCAAAGUGACGGCCGUGAUAGGGUUCAUCCUUUUGGGGAUCGUCAUCAACAUAGGCGGCACGCAAGACGAGGGCUACAUCGGCGGCAAGUACUGGCACGACCCGGGCCCCUUCCAGAACGGCUUCAAGGGCAUGUGCUCCGUCUUCGUGACGGCCGCCUUCGCCUUCACGGGCACCGAGCUCAUCGGCCUCGCCGCCGCCGAGACGGCGAACCCGCGCAAGUCGCUGCCCACCGCCAUCAAGCAGGUCUUUUGGCGCAUCACGCUCUUCUACGUCGUCGCCCUCACGCUCGUGGGCCUGCUCGUCUCGUCGGAGAACCCCAAGCUGCUGGGCAAGUCGUCGGCCGACGACGACGCCGCCACCGCCGGCGCCGUCAACGGCAACAACAAGGGCGACCACUCGAGCAGCGGCGACUCGUCGGCGUCGCCGUUCGUCAUCGCCAUCGAGAGCGCGGGCAUCGCCGUCCUGCCCUCGGUCAUGAACAGCGUCAUCCUCAUCGCCGUCAUCUCGGUCGGCAACUCGGCCGUCUUCGGCUCCUCGCGCACCCUCGCCGCCCUGGCGGACCUCGGCCAGGCGCCGCGCGUGCUCAGCUACGUCGACCGCCGCGGGCGGCCCCUCGUCGCCAUCGUCUUCGCCUCGUCCCUCGGCUUCCUCGCCUACCUCGCCGACCUGCCGCAGCAGGCCGACGUGCUGUCCUGGCUCGUCGCCAUCUCGGCCCUCUCGUCCAUCUUCACCUGGGGCAGCAUCUGCCUCGCGCACAUCCGCUUCCGGCGCGCCUGGGCCGCGCGCGGCCGCUCCCUCGAGUCCCUCGCCUUCCGCUCCCAGCCGGGCGUCCUGGGGUCCUGGGUCGGCCUCGGCCUCAACGCGCUCGUCCUCGUCACGCAGUUCUGGGUCGGCGCCUGGCCCGUCGGCUACGGCGACAAGACGCCCGCCGGCAACGCCCGCAGCUUCUUCCUGCAGUACAUGGCCGUGCCCAUCCUGCUCAUCAUGUGGCUCGGCCACAAGGCCUGGUUCCGCACCAAGGUCGUGCGCGUCAGGGACAUGGACCUCGACACGGGCCGCCGCGACUUCAACCUCACCGUCCUGGUCGCGCAGGAGCACGAGGAGAAGGCCAUGUGGCCCCGGUGGAAGAAGAUCUAUAGGUUUUUCUGUUAG